GGCCAAGUUUGUAACACUACGGGGGGAAGAAAGCAUCAUCUCCCAUGGCAAUUUUGUGUCCAUUCCAAGACGAGAAUCCUCUUCUUUCCAAUGGCCUUCAAUCCUUCCUCAUCUUCUGCCAUUUCACCUUUCCAAUGGCUUUUUCUUCCUCAACAAACAUCAUCCAUUUUCCCAUUUCAAUCUCCCCGUCCAACUCUAGCUCUAACUCUAACAACUACAACUCCGCCGCCUCUCUUUACACCAGACGUUGCCCACCGCCCGCUGCCAAGCAUCAACUCUAUCUGUGCGUAAAAUGCAAUGGCAGCAACAAAAGCUGGGUGCCGGGAAAAGAUGACAACGACAACGACAACGACAAGACUCUCAAAAGAGUCCACAAACUUUACGAGGUGAUCAAGAACAAAAACAUGAACCAGGUGUAUGAGGUAAUAGCAGAUGAACUUCCCGAUGCUUACAAUUCCAUCCCUGCAAUACGAGUCUUCCGAGCCAUAUUGCCAGUGUUAGAAUUCUUCUCUCAUAUCUCCAAGACCUUCGUAAACAGCCUGAAAUUCACAGCGAAGCCAACAACAAAAAAUGGAUCGAUGGCGGGUGUUAAAUGGAAAUUAGGGUGGCAGAGAACCCUGAUGACGCUGGGAAAGGGAAUCGAUAUCCAGUCUCACCAUAUCUAUGUAGGAAAAUUGCUUAUUGGUAACAUGGAGAGGAUAAUGGAUGCUUCGGUUCAGCGGAAGCCCAUAGAAGAGGAGCAGAAGGAUUUGAAUUUGGAGCCGCCAAAGAAGAGGCGAGCAGCACCAUUGUAUCUGGGCUUCUUCUUCUUUGUUCUCUCGCUCUUCUUCUUCCAGUUUUCUGUUCGUUAAUGGCUGGCGUUUGAGGUGGCUACUAAAAAAGUGUUUCAGAAUUGCCUUUUGAGCUGACUAUAAUCUUUCAAUUAUGAUACAUUUGUAUCGGGGCUUCAUUGCGUUCAAUAAUCAUUUUAGAUUUUUUAUAA